AUGGCAGACGAUGUGGAGAGAGAAUUGGAUAGGUUGCUGGAGCAAGACGUUGCGCGGGACACCAAAAUGGACGAGGUGCAGCAAGAACUGGCGCAACUCAGAGCACAAGUCCUGCGCUUAACGCAACAGAACCAGCAGCAGGUACGGUCUACAGUUUCGCAGUGCGCGGCAAGGCUGACGAAACUGCAAGAGACGCCGAAAAGCAUAGCAGCCAUGUUAUGGUGUUGGGGAAACCACCUCACCGGAGGAUCUGGAAAGGGAGCUCCACAGACAGGGUUUUGCAAGAAGGCGUCAGAAUCACACGCGAAACACAUUGAAGAGCUGGGAAAUAUUUUCGAACAGGCACAGCAUGAUGACAAAUGCAUGCGCACGCUAUCGAAAAUGCUGAACGUUAAGUCCACAGAGGUGGUUAGAGCAGUAGGUAAUCUGAUCGAACCGAAGCAAACAGCCGGUAUCGAACAAGUCCCUAUAACUAGUCGAAAGCUCUUGCCAUCUAAGACACCCCUGCUCUUCGACAUCCCCAAGGCCGCACAAACAUACCUUUUGCUGGCUCCUACGAGGUCCGCGGAGAGCGCGACUCCCAUGGGGACAGAUCACAGCGAGUCGCAGCAGAACGACGAAAUGAGUUCGCGAUUUGAUAGUGGGGUAGGAACGGCAUUAGCAGCCAUGGCACUCCCGGAGGUUAAGGAGUUUAGUGACCCAGAUGGUAAGGGUUUCACUGAGUUUGUGAGGUCGUUUUCGAUGAAGUAUGGCAGGAUUGGUCUCCCGGACGAUAUGCUUAUCCACCUGAUGAGUGAAAAGCUGGAAGGGUACCCAAAAGCUGUCAUGAAAACGCUCCCAAUGGAAACCAAGCAGGGUACAUGGUUUUGCAAGAAGGCGUCAGAAGCACAUGCGAAACACAUUGAAGAACUGGGAAAUAUUUUCGAACAGGCACAGCAUGAUGACAAAUGCAUGCGCACGCUAUCGAAAAUGCUGAACGUUAAGUCCACAGAGGUAGGUAAUCUGAUCGAACCGAAGCAAACAGCCGGUAUCGAACAAGUCCCUAUAACUAGUCGAAAGCUCUUGCCAUCUAAGGACACCACUGCUCUUCGACAUCCCCAAGUCCGCACAAACGCUCCUACGACCGCAGAGAACGCGACUCCAAUGGAGACAGAUCACAGCGAGUCGCACCAGAACGAAUUCCGCAGGGCAUUUCGCCUGCUCAAUGCCAACGACAUAUCUCAAGAUGCGGCACUACCACCCAUUGAGUUUGAUGCUGUCAGUGCAGCUCAAGGUAGGCGUUUAUCGAGGCAAGGCAGUUUCCCUGAUAGGCAGCUCAAUCAGCAAGAUUCAUUGCAGAGGAACGCUGUCGAGAACGAGCUCCAACAAGCUAUGGUGCCACCCACGCCAAUACGGGACAACCACCAAAGAGGUUGGUCUCCAGUUUAUAGCGAAAUGAGUUCGCGAUUUGAUAGUGGGGUAGGAACGGCAUUAGCAGCCAUGGCACUCCCGGAGGUUAAGGAGUUUAGUGACCCAGAUGGUGAAGGGUUUCACUGA